GGAUCUCGACCGAAGAUGCCGCCGCGUCCACCUCCACCCCCACCCCCACCUCCACCGCAGGUCCACGGCGUGGUCGUCAUCACCCUCCCUCCACACGACCAGCCCUCCAAGGGCAAGACCAUCACCGCCUACACCUACACCGACGACCCCCCGGGCGCUCUGCCCCCGCACCGGGGACCGGCGAGCGCGGACUCCAGGCGCUCCAGGCGGGCGGUCUCGCCGCGGCGGGCGGCCGCGAUGCUCCUCGUGCUGGGCGCGCUCGCGCUCGCCGCCUACUACUGCAUCUACUCGGACGUGGCCGUGCAGUUCCUCGGGAUGGAGGAGGAGGAGGCGCAGAGGGAGCGGAACGAGACCAAGUCCUUCCUGCUCCCGCUCUACCCCAAGGCGCGCCAGGGCCGCGCGCUGCGGGAGUUCGGGGACAUCAAGCUCGCCGCCAAGAGGGUCGACGACGGAGGCGGCAGGAAGGUCACCAAGAAGCUGCAGGCCGAGGGGGCGGCUUCGGCCGGGACCAACUCCACGGUUCUGCUCCCGAUCAAGGGCAAUGUGUUCCCCGACGGGCAGUAUUACACAUCUAUCUUUGUUGGGAACCCGCCAAGACCUUAUUUUCUCGACGUUGAUACUGGAAGCGAUUUGACGUGGAUCCAGUGUGAUGCACCCUGCACAAACUGUGCCAAAGGACCUCAUCCUUUAUAUAAGCCAACAAAAGAAAAGAUAGUCCCUCCCAGGGAUUCUUUAUGUCAAGAGUUGCAAGGCGACCAGAACUACUGUGAGACGUGCAAGCAAUGUGACUAUGAGAUUGAAUAUGCUGAUAGGAGCUCCUCUAUGGGUGUCCUUGCAAAGGAUGAUAUGCAUCUGAUCACUACAGACGGUGGAAGAGAAAAACUAGACUAUGUAUUUGGGUGUGCAUAUGAUCAGCAAGGCCAACUUCUGUCUUCACCAGCCAAGACUGAUGGGAUUCUUGGUCUUAGCAGUGCAGCAAUAAGCCUUCCUAGUCAGCUGGCCAGCAAAGGAAUUAUUUCCAACGUUUUUGGCCAUUGUAUCACCAGAGAGGCAAGUGGUGGUGGGUACAUGUUUCUGGGUGAUGAAUAUGUACCCAGAUGGGGAUUGACAUGGGCUCCUAUUCGAGGUGGUUUAGAUAACUUGUACCACACAAAAGCCCAUAACGUGAAUUAUGGAGAUCAGCAGCUCAGUUUGCACGGGCAAGCAGGAAACUCGGUUCAAGUGAUUUUUGAUAGCGGAAGCUCAUAUACAUACCUUCCAGAUGAAAUAUAUAAAAACAUUGUUGCUGCUAUUAAAAAUGACUCCCCGAGUUUUGUCCAAGAUGAGUCAGAUACGACAUUACCUCUAUGCUGGAAAGCUGAUUCUUCCGUAAGGCAUUUGGGAGAUGUCAAACAGUUCUUCAAGCCCUUAAACCUUCACUUUGGGAGAAGAUGGUUUGUUCUGCCCAAAACAUUCACCAUUCUUCCUGACGAUUACUUAAUCUUGAGUGAUAAGGGCAACGUUUGUCUGGGGCUGCUAAAUGGAACAGAGAUAGAUCAUGGGUCAACAAUAAUAGUCGGAGAUGUUUCUCUGCGCGGCAAGUUAGUUGUGUAUGACAAUGAACGGAGGCAGAUUGGAUGGGCUAAUUCAGAUUGCACCAAGCCACAAUCACAGAAGGGCUUUCCCUUCUUCCUCUGACGAGCGUCACACAAUGAACAUGGUUAAGUGAAAUAGAUAAUACCAGUAGAGCUGCCCGGUAACUGCUAUUAUGUGUCUUAUCUCAUGAGUCACUGACCUUAAAUCCAGCUGUAUGUUGUACUAUUUGUUUGGCAUGUACCGCAUUGUAUAUACGCAAGAAGAAUGUAUGUAUUAUCCAGCCAAAGAAUGCCUGAAUGACGUAUAUAUUGAAGGCUGUAUGUAAUGUAGUUCCACGAGACUGUAGAACCUUGGCCUUAUAGUGCAGCUAUCCAUUAGAGUAUAUAUAUAUGGUAAUUAUAAUUCCUUUUA